AUGAAGGAGAGAAUAACGUAUUUGCUGCAUGUCGGCGAGGAGGGCUUCGAUCCAUCCAGGCUCACCGUCACCAAGGAAACCCUGGCCCUUCCUCCCAUCAAAGCCGCAAAGGAACACCGCCUUACCCUCGGCCUCUCCGAGCUUCCGCACGAGUUCCUACCUAUCCUCAAACAAUCUCACGAGCUUCACAUCCGUUGGGCUACCACCCAACCCUACCACUCUACUCCACCCUACGUUUCCCGUCUUUCUCCCGGCCUCCAUGUCUAUUUCACGCCCCGCAAAGGCAAGAAAGCCGAUGACCUCUGCUCAGCCUUGAAGACGGCCUUCGGCAAUGAGCUGAAGUGCAAUACUCCAUCGGAUACCUUCAUUAGCACCCCAGUCAUUUCAGAGCGCUUCGCCACCUCUUCGUUUGCUCAAUAUCACAGUCUUCUCCCGUCGUUGCAGCAUCUUGUUACCUACAUCUCGGACAAGUUCUGUACCAGCGACGACUGCAGGGCGAAGGCUUCAUCUCUUUUGUCUGCAAGCUACAUAGAUUUUGACUUUGAUGCCAUCUCCAACGCCCUUGUUAUCAACGCAUUCUGGGCCGAAGGACCUGCUGAGGGUGGUCUUUGGAACGAGGAAGUCUCGCGCGGCCAGGCCGACACCAUGGAAGUUGGCGUCUUGAACAACGAAGUUCCGCUCGAACCCGAGGAGCUGUCUCUUUCCGGUUUCCUCACCGUUGUCGGUGACGACACGAAAGCUAAACCUACGCUCUUCUCCUUUCCCUCUCGCCAUCACCCUCUUCCAUCAACCGCACACCCCGUCCACCCCACUUACUAUACCACAUUCAACGAACCGACCGGCCUGCACCCGACUCUCAAACUUUCAUUUCCUCGCCCAAAGAAAACCCUUAUCCCUCCCGGGCCUUCAUGUGUCUUACACGCCUACCUAACGCUCCCGUCAGCCUUCUUCCUCGACAAGUACCAGUUCUCCGAUCCCCUCUUCCUUUCUUCCCACAACCUGCGCAACGUUUUCGCUCACGCAGGCGCCACCGACCUGGAGGCCCCAGACUGGGUUGUCCCCCAAUGGGGCAGCGUUGCUCUCUUCGAGCUCGCGCACCCCGACCUCCCGGAAACUGCGGAUUCCGCUUCGCCCGCUGCCGACCCCGAGGACGACCCGAACCUCGAAGUCACCAUCCCCUUGCAUAUGCGCUAUCUUCCGCCUUCGGCCAACAACUCCGGCCUCGUCGAUGCCUCGUUGCCCUGGCCUGCCGUCUUCUGGGCGUGUUCGGCCGAAGAAGGGACCAAGAUGAGCGUGAAUCCUUUCGACCGCACCAAUCUCGGCUACGAUGGACUGUUCGGCAACAGGGCCAUGUUCUACCACGUGCCGCCGGCGAAGGACGGUGGAGUGGGCGAAGGCGGGCUGGUAGAGACGCUGAAGGUGCCUGUGUUGGACCUGGAUCGGGCGUGGUAUGUCGAAUAUGGGACUGUGAUUGCGGUGGUGCUGGCGACCGUGUGGUUGUCGAUUAAAUUGGGUGGCGUGGCCAAGAGGGCGGGUUUUGGACGAGGGCAGCCCGUGACUGCUGAAGGAAAGAAGAGCCAAUAA